AUCAUUUAUUCCCAAAAUCCUUUUAAAGCACCCAAUAAUGCGUGGAAUCUGAGCUAUUGCCACAAAGCCCAAUCCAAUGAAGACUCAUCGAUUCGAAGUGAACUCGAAAUGUUCAAAUACCGCAAUAGUUGUCUUAUUGAUCAACUUCGACAGAAAUCUAUGGAGUAUUCUAAACUAACAUCGCAUAUGAAUUCGCUGUAUAAACAGAUAGAUGCACUAAGCAAGCGAUGUCAACUCAAUGAAGCGUUGGAGCGUUUGACACUAAGCGAACGAGCAGUCAAAGAGCCAUUGGCCAUCAUAGACAAAAUUGAAAAGGGAUUACGAAACUUCGAAGACAAUUUGCAAUUAGUAAAAUCAGAAAAUAUCAAAAGUCAACAAGCUGCUAUCGCAUUAUCACUUCGAGAACAAAACAAUUCACAGUCGUAUUUGGAACAAAUUGAAAGGCUUCAACGAGAAAAUCUAUCUUUAUUGCAUUUAAAAAACAGUGAGCGAGGAAAUCAAAGUGAUCAAAGUGAUCAAAUUCAACAUUUUCUAGAUUUCAUGUCUUCUUAUGAUGCUUUAUAUUCAUUUACUAUGGGUGUUUUACGUAAGUUAGGCCAGAUGCGGACAGCGUAUUUAGAGAAAGUGGCCUAUGCAGGGCAGUUAGAUCUGGAACUGAUGCAUGUUCAAUCAUCGCUUUUGGUAACUUAUGCCCAGGUUGAACGACUAAAACUUUUACUAAAAAAUGUGGCUCAACAUAAGCGAAUAAGACCAGUGUCAUAUCAUGGCGAAGACUAUUUUGAUAGACUGGUAAAACCAGAACUCAGUUUUCUGCUACCAUUUAAACUUCACGCAUCUCGGUUGAAAAAAUUAAAACGAUCGGAUUCGAUAAAUAUCGAUUUAGAAACCGAAAAGAACGAAGAGUCAAUUGAAACGGAAUUUCUUCGUAUAUUUGACUAUGCAAAAUGUAUGAUAUCUUUAGUAAAAAAUUUUUUUUGCCAAAAAAUGCCAGUGAAAAAACUAGUUAUUUUUUUUCCCAGAAUAUAG